ACCCUAACAGCAAUCCAGCUGAAGAAGCGCGCUUUCAGACCUGCGUGUUGCAUAUUUACUGAAAAUGGUUUUGGUUAUAGUUUUAUCCUUUUUUUCAGUUUUCUGUGUGGAGAACACGGUUGCGCAGUUGACAACCAGGCAAUGCAGCGCAAAUGCUUCAGUUGUCAGUUCGCGUUGCUCGUCCACAAAUAACGUGAUUGCUGUCAGUACUUGUAAGACGUACUGCAACUCCACUACACAAAGCAGUACGACAUUAUAUUCGAAGUUCUGCGCUUCCAGCAGCAGUUGCACUAUUGGAUCUACGUGCAACAUUCAGUCAUGCAGCAUCACCUUAUCUGGGCCAACAUCUGUAGAUGUACCUUGUGAUUACAACAAUAACCAAGUCAUUGGAGGAGACCUUACGAUCUCAAAUGGUUGUGGCAGUAGCUCUAGUCAAUUCGUGGUGGCAGAAGUAAUUGCCAGUAACAAAGCAGAUGGAACUCACUACGUGGACGUUGAUCCUACGACUGGGAAGUGGUACAGGAGCGCAACUUACGUGGUCACACAAAACCUUUCACAAACGUACGAAGUCACAGUUGUUAACCUGCCAAGCGGCCAAGCAUCAAAUAGCAUCAAUGUUACGUUCAACUUCGGAUCUUGCACGUUUGGAUUGAUAGGCCCAGAUAGUGCUCGCGUUUGUCUUGGUUUCCCACCUGGAACCUCUAUUGCCGACCAACAGACUGCUGGGUCAACGGAGCAACGUAGUAUAUGGCUGUAUCCUCAGCUAACAUUUUCGGCAACUAACGUACCUCCACUGAUGCCUGUUAUUUUCGAUCUGGCAAAAGACGCAGUUCCUGUUGCUGGCUUGGGAACUCCAAAUACCGCUAAUGGUGGGAUAUAUUCCCCGGAUGUUAUAUCAAAUGUGGGCGGAGAUUCACAGAUUUUUAUUAGUAAUUAUAAUAUCCUUACUGGUAAACCUAACACCGACACAAUCGGAAUAUACGGACAAUCGUACAACGGCAACUUACCGGCUUGCGACGCAGGCGCUACUGUAACUCCAGCAGCUGGUGCACCUGGAAGCGCCGUAACGUCCGGUACGUGUUGUCAGACGUUGCGGUUUUCCGUGUCUCCUGGAGUGCAGAGCACACCGUAUCAGACCGGCUACAAAGACGUGCUCGUCUGCUAUGAGGACGUAGGCGGCUGUACGUACACUUAGGAUACGAAAACCGGCAAACCUAAACACAAGAAGUCGGGAAGUCUGCCGUAAUUUAUGAUAAACUCUUAAGUUGUUAUUUCAAAAACUACUGAUCGCCAGAUUUUGCGCAGAUGCAACUGAAGGCUCUGGCGUUUCUGUCAAUAAAUGGCACCAAAUGUAACUGAAGAGGCGAAAACUUAGUAUAAAACGGAUUCUCCUUAGUCAAGUAUGGAAAACAAGCAAAAUUUUACAGAAAGCAGCAUUUUCAUUAGCCGGGCUUACUAGACGACGCUGCUCAAUUGUGAA